AUGUGCCUGUGGCUGCUCCCGAUAGCCCUAUGGGACAUGAAACUGACGGCAAGUGACGGCCCGGUCCCGCUCCCCCCCCCCCGAACGGUGGGGGUUGUCCAGCAACCUAAGUUACAGCCCAAGAUGGCGACCCCCCCUCCACCCAUCAGACCUAUGGGACGACAACACCCCUUUAAUAUGCCAGGGAAUGACGGUACAAUACUCACCUGCCUUAAAGGGCUGGAAAAUGCCGAACAUAAGCCCUGGAGACUGCGGACCUGUGGAAGGAGCCACCCGGAACGUCCACCCACCGGAGGCAUGUUGUCCCCAGUCUCUGGGUUUGUGGGGGGCCUGGAGAGAUUUGUCCCCAGCACCGCGAGCCCUGUGGAACCAGAAAGUGUGGAGUAG